AUGCUGAAGAAUAUUACAAAGUUGGUGGAGGAGAUGAUAAUGAAGGAGAUGGGGGAGGAAAUGACGAUGAAGAUGCGGGAGAAGACGAUCGUAAUCGUAACGAAGAGGAUGAAGAAUAUUCAGGAGGCAACGAUGGUGAAGGAGAUUAGGAAGAUGGAAGAAGAUACUUCUAAUGAAGAUGAUGAUGAAGAGUGCGAAGAAGAUACUUCUAGUGAAGAUUAUGAUGAAGAGUGGGAAGAAGAUACAUCUAGUGAAGAUGGAAGAGCAGGAGAUGAGUUUGAAGAAGUGUUGGAAUUUCUUGAACUGUCAUUUCCAGUUGUUGCAAGGGUGAAAGAAGAAGAAGAAAGGUUGACAAAUGCUGAAGAAUAUUAUGAUGUUGGCGGAGGAGAUGAUAAUGAAAGAGAUGGGGGAGGAAAUGACGAUGAAGAUGUGGAAAAAGACGAUAGUGAUGGUGACGAAGAGAAUGAAGAAUAUUCGAGAGGCGACGAUGGUGAAGGACAUUGGGAAGAUGAGUUUGAAGAAGUGCUGGAAUUUCUUGAACUGUCAUUUCCAGAUGUUGCAAGGGUGAAAGAAGAAGAAGAAAGAUUGACAAAUGCUAAAGAAUAUUACAAAGUUGGGGGAGGAGAUGAUAAUGAAGGAGAUGGGGGAGGAAAUGACGAUGAAGAUGGGGGAGAAGACGAUAGUGAUGGUGACGAAGAGGAUGAAGAAUAUUCAGGAGGCGACGAUGGUGAAGGAGAUUGGGAAGAUGGUGAAGAUGAUAAAGAUGAAGAAGAAGAUGAAGAUGAAGAAGAAGAUGAUAAAGAUGAAAAACGUGAGGGACCACAUGAUGGUGAAAGAGAUUAUGCAAAAGAUAGUGUAAAUGACCCCAUAGAUGAGCAUGUACAUAUCGUGGGUAUUUUAAAAGAGUACGAAUUUAGAGAUAAUCAAAGCAGCCAAGAUGCUCUUUUCAAUGAAUUUCUUAUACAUAGAAACAUUGACUGUGAAGAAUGCCUUCAGUGGUUGAGGGGGAGGGGGGAUGAAAAAAGUACAUGGUGGCGCAAGUUUCUUUGGCGAAGGGAUGAUGACUAUGAAAGAUUUUGA